AUGGAUGAAGAAACAAGGAAGGGCGAAAUCAAAAUAGACGUUGGUGAAGGCUCCAUCCUGGCCGUUGGAUGGGAAACGGCUCCUCAUACAUACGCGCUCCGAUACUAUUUUCAGGGGCUUUAUUCAUCUAAGUCACAGCCCACUAAAAGCCCAGAACCAGAAAUCUCCACAAAAAGCAGCGUUUUCCUUCGAAUCCGUGUGAGUGAAGUGAUUAGGGUUUUUGGAGUCCAACACUCUUCUCUGCAGCUGUUGCCGUCAUCUCCAUUCACCAUGGCUGAACAAACCGAGAAGGCUUUUCUGAAGCAACCAAAGGUGUUCCUCAGCUCGAAGAAAACUGGAAAGGGGAAGAGACCUGGUAAAGGUGGAAACCGCUUUUGGAAAUCGAUUGGACUUGGAUUCAAGACUCCCAGGGAAGCCAUCGAAGGAACCUACAUUGAUAAGAAGUGCCCCUUCACUGGCAACGUCUCCAUCCGUGGUCGUAUCUUAGCUGGAACAUGUCACAGUGCUAAGAUGAAUAGGACUAUUAUUGUCAGGAGAAAUUAUCUUCAUUUUAUUAAGAAGUACCAGAGGUACGAGAAGCGGCAUUCAAAUAUUGCUGCCCAUAUAUCACCUUGCUUCCGUGUGAAGGAAGGAGAUCAUGUAAUCAUCGGUCAAUGCAGGCCUCUCUCUAAGACAGUGAGGUUUAAUGUAUUGAAAGUCAUCCCUGCCGGAUCUUCAAGCGGUGCAAAGAAGGCAUUCACUGGGAUGAUUUUGUCAUACGCUGUGGUUUUGUAA